AUGCGGGAAGUAGAUGUUCUACGCGAAUUUCUCAAGGCUCGACGGGUAAAAACAACAAAUGUUAUUAGACAUGGUGUAGCGGUUGCUGAGAAACAGAAAUCAGUGUCAGAAUUCAAAGUGCCACAGGUAGGAUCAAAGGAAAAUGACAAGAUAUCGGCAUUGCCAGGGCAACCAAGUGGGAUCAAUUUUGCUCAAUAUUCAGGAUAUGUGACUGUUAAUGCUGAUGCUGGUAGAGCUCUCUUCUAUUACUUGGCAGAAUCGUCUAAUGACCCUUCUACAAAGCCUCUUGUUUUGUGGCUAAAUGGAGGCAAGUAA